GUGGCUGACACAGUACUAUUUCAUAGAAUUAAUGGAGAACAGAAAAGAUAUCCCAAACCAAGAAAAACUUUGGCAGAUGAAGCCUAACAGCCUAGAAGAUGAUGACUAUUUGACUAAGGACGUGGGAGAGACCAGCAUGCUGAACAGACCUGUGCUUUUGCAUUUGCCACAGACCGCCCAUGUUAACGAAUUUGAUUGUCCCUUGGAACUUCAGCACAGCCAGGAACUCUUCGUGCAGUGGCGCUUGCCAAUUAAAAUAGCUGCUGUUGUGUCUUCGCUGACUUUUCUGUACACUCUCUUGAGGAAAGUAAUUCACCCUUUAGUAACUUCCCAUCAACAGUAUUUUUAUAAAAUUCCAAUCCUGGUCAUCAACAAAGUCUUGCCAAUGGUUUCCAUCACCCUCUUGGCACUGGUUUAUUUGCCAGGUGUGAUAGCAGCGGUUGUACAACUUCAUAAUGGAACCAAAUAUAAGAAAUUUCCACCUUGGUUAGAUAAGUGGAUGUUAACAAGAAAGCAAUUUGGGCUUCUCAGUUUCUUUUUUGCUGUGCUGCAUGCGAUUUAUAGUCUGUCUUACCCAAUGAGACGAUCCUACAGAUACAGGUUGCUCAACUGGGCAUACCAACAGGUCCAGCAAAAUAAAGAAGAUGCUUGGAUUGAGCAUGAUGUUUGGAGAAUGGAGAUUUAUGUGUCUCUGGGAAUUGUGGGACUUGCAAUACUGGCUCUGUUGGCUGUGACAUCAAUUCCAUCUAUCAGUGACUCUUUGACAUGGAGGGAGUUUCACUAUAUUCAGAGCAAACUUGGAAUUGUUUCCCUGCUGCUGGGCACAAUGCAUGCAAUGAUUUUUGCCUGGGAUAAAUGGAUAGAUACAAAUGAAUUUGUGUGGUAUACACCUCCAACUUUUAUGAUAGCUGUUUUCCUUCCAAUCAUUGUCCUGAUAUGGAAAACCAUACUGCUCCUGCCAUGCUUGAGGAAGAAGAUACUGAGGAUUAGACGUGGUUGGGAAGAUGUCACCAAAACUAACAAAAUUGAGAUGUCCUCCCAGUUAUAGAAUUACCAUACUGUUUAUGCACAUCUUUGUUCAAUAUUGAUAUAUUUUACUACUACCAUUUCAAAUUUGUAUUUGUUAAUAAAAUGACUAUUUGAGAAUCUUAA